UGGGACAUUUUAUUAUGGUUUUCUGGUUGAUUUCCAAUCACUCUCGCACUAUUUUCACAACGCUGGCAAUGCUGUCACUGUCACCAAAAUGCGACCGUUCAUUUCAAAAACAUGCCCCCUUAUCGCAAAAUUCAAUAUCGCGACAUUUUCCACUCUACUAUCGCAAGCCAGCAUGACUAGUCUAGAAGCAGCGAAGAGAUUGGCAGCCUAUCAAGCUGUAGAUCAACAUAUCAAGUCCGGUUAUAUAGUGGGCAUAGGAAGUGGCUCUACAGUGAUCUAUGCUGUAGAGCGCCUGGCUCAGAGAGUUGCAACUGAAAAAGUGGUGGUUUCGUGUGUGCCCACAUCCUUCCAGGCAAGGCAAUUGGUGGUCCAAAACCAGUUAACCCUUACGGAUCUGGACGUGACCCCCAACUUGGACGUUUGCAUUGAUGGUGCUGAUGAAGUCGAUUCUAACCUUGAUCUUAUCAAAGGGGGAGGUGGAUGCUUGCUGCAGGAGAAAAUUGUGGCCAGCUGCGCUCGCAAGCUGAUAAUCAUAGCAGACUACACAAAAAACAGCUCUCAACUAGGUGAACAGUACAAGAAAGGCAUUCCAAUCGAAGUGGCCCCCAUGGCUUACUUCCCAAUAAAAACUCGCCUUGAAGCAAAGUAUCAAGGGCAAUUUAUGCUGCGAAUGGCGGUGAAUAAGGCAGGCCCUGUUGUAACUGAUAAUGGCAAUUUUAUCCUCGAUUGGACAAAUUUCGACCAAACCUUAGAAUGGAAAAACGUUAACCAGGAACUGGCACUGAUCCCUGGAGUGGUAGAGACCGGAUUAUUCAUCCAAAUGGCUCAGGAGGCCUAUUUCGGGAUGCCCAAUGGGAGCGUGAAGGUUCAGAAGAGAUCUGCUGCUAAUAGCUUGCCAUUUUUUUCAUCUGACUAAAAAAUAUAUAGACAAAACCAUUGUGAUAUAUUGAACACAUAUUUGUAGACAGCCAGAUACUUCAACUUUAGUUAAGUUUAAAAUAUUACAAAGGGGCUUUUAUAGUGAUUGUACGGGGCGACAAAGUUAUUUUUGUAAAAAAUAUAUUAAGUGUAUCAAAAAUCGGUGAAUAUAUCGUGGCAAACCGAA